AUGAGAUUCCAUCUUCUCACAGCAUCAGUGUCGCUCUUCAUGGCUUGUGCUUCGGCCAUGUGGCUUGACACCAAUAACGACACCACAAUCGUGGAGGCCACCAAUCUUAUUGUAGACGGUGUACUUGAUUACUAUGACGGUAAAAAUUAUGGAGGUGUCGUGGGGAUGUUUGUGUGGCCCUACUAUUGGUGGGAAGCAGGCGGAGUAUGGGGCUCGCUCAUCGACUACACCUACUUCACACAGAACGAUACGCUCGUGCCAUUAAUCAAGGAGGCCUUGUUGUACCAGACAGGUGACGAUAACAACUAUGUGCCUUUGAAUCAGUCUACAACUGAAGGUAACGAUGAUCAAGGCUUUUGGGGCAUUGCUGUCAUGGGAGCUGCCGAGAGAAAUUUCUCCAACCCUGAUGACGACUCCAAGGCAUGGUUGACUUUGGCCCAAGCUGUAUUCAACACCAUGACAGCCAGAUGGGAUAGUGCGGAAUGUAAUGGUGGUUUGAGAUGGCAGAUCUUCCAGUGGAACUCAGGUUAUGACUACAAGAACUCUGUUUCCAACGGAUGCCUCUUUCACAUCGGUGCAAGAUUGGCCAGGUUCACCGCCAAUGACACCUACGUUGACUGGGCUGAAAAGGUCUGGGACUGGAUGUAUGAUAUAGGCUUGCUUGAUGUUGUGAACUCUAACGACAAAGACUACUGGUUUGUGUACGAUGGUCUUACUAUUGAUAACAACUGCUCGAACAUUACCAAAUACCAAUGGACCUAUAACCAAGGAUUGAUGUUGUCUGGGUGUGCCUAUUUGUACAAUUAUACCGAGGACCAGAAAUGGCUCGACCGUACAUUGAAUUUGUUGAAUGCAUCGCAAGUGUUUUUCAUGAAAAUUGGUUCGGUCAUGUACGAGGCAGCUUGCCAGCCUUCUAACAACUGUAACAAUGAUCAGAGAUCGUUCAAGGCGUACUUCUCGAGAUUCUUAGGGAUGACUGCCGUCAUGGUACCUCAGACUUACGACGGUAUCAGACAGUGGUUAGUAGAUUCAGCCAACGCUGCAGCUAAAAACUCAUGCACUGGAGGUACUGACGGCCACACGUGUGGCUUGAACUGGUUUAACUCUACGGGCUGGGACGGUUACUGGGGUCUUGGUGAACAGAUCUCGGCUCUCGAAGUCAUCCAGAACUUGAGGGUACGUGAUUUUCCUCCACCAUUGACCGCUAACACUGGUGGUAGUUCCAAGGGCAACCCAGCUGCUGGUUACUCCACCCUUCACACAAUCACUUCUCCUUUGGAGUUGGAAACCAAGGAUCUUGCGGGUGCUGGUAUCAUUACAGCCGUUGUGGGAGUUUCGUUGGUUGCCGCAGGUGUGUGGCUUGUAAUUUAGACAGAAAACAAAUAAUAUGUAUAAUCAAUAUGCUUUGAAGGU